UUGGUUUAGCAUAACACUCCCUGUUCCGUAUGUUUUUGUCAACAGUAGGUGCGGAUUAUAAGCUUCAAUAACAAAGUUAUACACACAAAGCUACUUAAUGGAGACUUCCUCUUGGGAAUCCAUUCCAACAGACCAUGAUCUCGGUAUGGAGCUAAGUGAUGUCUGUCGAGUAUCCAGGUUCCUGUCUCGGUAUCUCGAAGGUAUUGACGGUAUAGGUUCUGAGGAAACGGUCAGAGUUAGGAGAUUGCUGAAGCAUUUAAGCUGGCAUUAUAUCUAUUCACAUAUGAAACCGUACAGGUUAUUGUACACCGGAUCGUCAGCAGAAGGAUUACAGUUAAAAGGAUCCGACCAAGAUUUUAUGUUUAUACACAAUGACGUCAUUGUUGUUCAACCUCGUGACGUCAUACACACGGUAGAUGCUGAUAAAACUGUGCUGGUCAUGGACCACACAAACUGUAGACCCGGGUUUACCUUACUCAAACUCCGUCACAUAGGAGUGAGACAGCACAGGGAAGUGAUGGACGCGUUAAUAGAUAUAAAUGGUUCCUUGCACCUGUCUAGUGUAGUUUACAGUAGUAACGUGUUGUGGCCCGAUCAUUAUCUACACGGACCUUGCUCUACUGUGGAGAUUAAAGGGAGACUGCAUGAUGAUGCCUAUUGCUUCCACUGUCGGUCAUGGCCAGAUCAUUUAAGUAACUUUAGGUAUCGAAGGAGACGGUACGAUUGGCCAUCUAAAACGAUAAUCAAUUAUAUCGUACAGAACGGCUGCCACUUCGUUGCCAUUGGAGACAAACAUUCUAAUCUUUCUGCGAUGCAAUGGCGCAUUUCAUUCUCAUUGUCCGAGAAAGCUCUUGUUUUAAAAUUUAAUCACGUACAAUUCAAAACGUAUGCUCUCUUGAAACUUUUCCAAAAGGAAUGCAUCGAAUGCAAUGAAUCAAUAAAAAGCCUACUGUGUUCCUAUUUUAUGAAGACAAUAAUUUUCCACGCCAUUGAGAGAUCUCCAGGUUCUUUGUGGGCGGAGGAGUACAUCCUCGUGUGCUUUUGGUUCUGCAUUGACAUUCUUUUUAAUUUUGUGACAAACGAAAACUGCCCAAAUUUUUUUGUAACCAACCACAACAUGUUUCUUGGCAACUUUACCGGUGAUAACAGGAAGAAACUACUCCGGGUGCUAAUGGAAUACAAACGUACGGGAUGGAAGCACUUACUGCAGUGUCCAAGUCUUCAGCCACUAUAUAAAACCUUGCAAAAUAGUUGCUCCAUGUAUCCAAUACCAAAAUUGCCGCCUUCGGAGGAGGAAUUUGAAAACGAUUGUGCAAUUAUUGCACGCUGUAAUUCUGUAUACAAGGUUAGUACUGUACAAGUACUGAAGCUGGUUAAUCGCGCUUUCCUUGCUACUGUAGAUGAACAGGAGAUGGAUAUAGUGUUACUUUCCUUUAUCAAUGUAAUCACAAACACCUCUAGUAACAGCAUUGCAGACCUUACACGGUCUCACAGUAACAACAACAAAGCUACAUAUGCCCAGAUCAGACGACACAAACGGGUUCUUCACCUGUCGGCAGCCACAGAUGUCUGUCGAGGACUGUUGUCACUGGCCACAUUUUACUACAAUGUUGGUUGUUACAACAAAACAACCGAAAUAGCAACAUGCGUGGUGUUCGCGUGUCAGCGAGGAGGGUUACUGCAGUGGUAUGGGGAUUAUACGAGGUACAAGGAGGAGAUGUGUGGUAAAGGAUACACACUACUACAGAAAGCGAAACGUUCGUUUGCAUUGCAGUACACAAUUCAUAAAGAAGACAACAGACUAUAUCCACUAGAACUAGACCUAGAGGUUCAGACAAACGAGAGGAAUAUCUACCUCCCACCUCUACCGUAUGCCACCUUUCUUCUGUUACUGUCUACAUACAGACUCGGGAAUAUCGACCAAUCUCGGACACUCUUGGACGACCUCCAGACUUUACUUUCCCAUCCUAUUUAUGGAGUACAUCACUACCCGAUGGUACACAACAUGGUCGGAAUUGGUCAUCAGAUGUUAGGGGACACACGGAGGGCCAUCAAGGCAUUUAAAGAUUCACGCCGACAACUUCCAGAAAACCAAGCGGCUGCCAUAAGAAUAGCAGACCUAAGGAAAAGCGAGGGCAAAAGUAACGAACAAACAGGCUCUCUGGGACAAAGUAACGUACAAACAGGCUCUCUGGGACAAAGUAACGUACAAAAAGGCUCUCUGGACUAUUGUAAUGUGCCGAGUCAAUAUCAGAAAGAUGAGAACGAUGACGAUAAUGACGACAACAAUAGCUGUCAUCAUAAGACCAUGCACAAUAUCGAUCCAUUGACUUUUAAAAAGUUGUCGUGGUUUUGAUUUUGCUCCACGGGAAUCAUGAAUGAUUUUCAAUUUUGAACUUGUGCUAUAUUCUUAUUUAUACUAAGUUCUUCUUCAUUAUGGAGGAAGCAUUCUUUUUGUUUCAGAAAAGAUGAUCUAUAUAAAUAUAUAUACCUAUUGCAGCUGCGUGGAAAACAAGAACUUCUUGAUGACGUCAACUUCAUCAUGAAGAAAGAUCAGCUAUCGAAAAGAUUCAUUGGAACAAAUACUGUACAUAUAUAUAUAAACUAGUAUAAAUAUGUAAAAAUAUUCCUAUACAAGUUUUUAAUGUUUAUAUUAUAAACUUGCAUAGGAAUAUUUUUACAUUUAUAAGGUAAAUUAUGAAAGCCGAUUAGUACCGCAAGAAAUAAUAUCAUCUUAAUAUUACGAGUUAACCUAUCUCAUUAUAACGACUUACUUGAUCUCGUCAUUACGAGUUACAUUAUCUCUUGUUAUUACGAAUAACGUUAUCAUGAUAUACUCAGACUGUGGAAUUAAAAGAUCAAUAUUUGAAUGCAAUCCAUCCUCACUUAUACGACCGGCGGUCGAAAAGCUGCAUAUCAAAGAAAAAUCAGUAAAUCGUUUCUCUAUAAUUGCAGAACAUCAAUCAAAUUAAUAUAGGCCAGACCUUGUAUUUACUAAAUGUUCACACGUGUACUGACAGAGACCAAUACCGGUCAUUACUGACAGAGACCAAUACUGUCAUUACUGACAGAGACCAAUACCUGUCAUUACUGACAGAGACCAAUACCUGUCAUUACUGACAGAGAUCAAUACCUGUCAUUAAAUUGGGACUUUCACUUUUAUUGACUGGGAACCCACUCUACAUUACAAGGGGACCUAAACUUGUCUGUGAAUAAACGUUUAGGUCCCCUGUCAAUACAAGUGUAGGUCCAUAGUCAAUACAAGUGUAGGUCCCCUGUCAAUACAAGUGUAG